AUGCUCAUCCUACGCGUGCCGGCCCCCAAGGCCAUCCUCCCAACCCUCGCCCGAGUCCCUCCCAAACCACAGCCCCCAUGGCGACGCAUACUCCAACUCGGCAGCCCGCACCUGCGCCUCACCCGCCCCCCAAGCCAACUCCGGUCCUUUGCUCAUCAACCAUCAAAAUCCAGCAGUGAAGCCGCCAAGCGACAAGCCAAGUCGGCCGCGCAAAGCGCCAAAUCCCACGGUACCAGCACGCGUCCUCCCCCCCCGUCCCUAUCCACAGCUAAAACGAGGCCAGACAUCCCCGAACGCAUCCUCAUCUACCACGCCGGCGCCGGGAGAAUCGCCUUCCUCGCCGUGCUCAAGCUCACGAGCCUCCUCCUCGGCGCCUUCUUCACGCUCCUCGCAGCACCAAGCUACUUCCGGGCCGGGAAGCCGCCCCCCGCCACGGCAGCAGUCGCCGCCUGCGGCAUCGUCCCCGCCGUCUUCGUGGCCUGGUCGACGGCGCCCUUCGUCACCCACGUGCACAUGCACCUGCCCGCGGCGGCGCGCGCGUCCCCCGCCUCCCUGGCCCGCUUCGCUCGUCAACUACGUCCGGGACACGGCGGCCGACAACGCCGCCAGGAGGUGGACGGCGGCGGCGGCAAGCAGAGGGUGGCUGCCGGGCACCAGGCGAGGAGGAACAAGGCGGCGGCGGUGGAUACGUGGAUUUGGGAGGCGGUCAGGGACAAGAUUGCCAGGAGAGACGCUCCCGGCCCUGUCUGA